AUGGGAGAGCGUAAGGUUCUGAACAAGUACUAUCCACCGGACUUCGACCCAUCGAAGCUGCCCAGAAUCAGGAGGCCCAAGAAUCAACAGAUAAAGGUGCGGAUGAUGCUUCCCAUGAGCAUUCGCUGCAAUACUUGUGGCAAUUACAUCUACAAAGGCACCAAAUUCAAUUCUCGCAAAGAAGAUGUCGUCGGAGAGACGUAUUUGGGAAUUCAAAUAUUUAGAUUUUACUUCAAAUGUACCAAGUGCUCCGCUGAGCUCGCGAUGAAGACAGACCCACAGAAUUCAGACUAUGUUGUUGAGGCCGGUGCUACACGAAAUUUUGAACCCUGGCGUAAUGAGGAUGAGGAAUUAGAUAAGGAGAAACAAAAAAGGGAGUCUGAAGAAAUGGGAGAUGCCAUGAAAUCCUUGGAGAACAGAACCCAGGAUUCAAAAAGAGAGAUGGACAUCAUGGCUGCUUUGGAUGAGAUGAAGUCCAUGAAGGCCAGACAUUUUAAUGUGAGUGUGGAUGAUAUGUUGGAGGCUUUGAAACACACGGCUGCAUUGAAGGAGAAAAUGAUUGAAGAGGAGGAUGAAGCAGCCUUAAAAUCAGUACUAUUCCAUAACUCAAAAGAUUUUGUUCGAAGGGUUCCUGAUGAAGAUAUUGAGCCUUUAAGUGGCAACGGUGAAACAUCAGAUCAUAAUUUCAAGAGGCCAAAGCUUACCCAAGACACACCUAGCAACCCGACAGAUUGGUUGACAAAAAGCAGUAUUUUUAAUAUCUCAAGCAAGAGAGGAAAUCAAAAUGGCUCAGAAGCUCCAACUGAUGCUAAAUUCACUUUGAAGUCGUCAACUGUUAGGGUUUCUAUAGUUAAGAAACCAGUUGCGGCUGAAGGUAACAAGUCAGUGGAUGGAGAAGAUAAGAAACAAUUGGGAGAGGAGGUUCAAAAUUCUACAAAACCAGAUGAUGAAAAGCAAAAGGGAGAGAAUAAAACCAAUGCUACAAGCAAUGUACUACAGUCAUUGUGCCAAAACUAUGAUAGUGAUGAUGAAUAG